CCUUAUCACUAUUGAAUGGCUAGCAAGUGGCAGUACCUCACAACAAAACAUCAUCGUUCAAUCAGUCCUUUAUUUGUCUCGAUCGUGAACACAUCCUAUAGCUCGAUAGUUAUGAUCUUAUGGUCGACAAUUACGGUAAUAGCCAUCCUGUUUAAGGAGGUUCUUCCUUUGGGAUCGGAUCGUCAUGGUGAUGAUCCAUUCAAUGAUAACUUUCUGGCUCAAGUAUUAGCACACGCUAAAACAUGGACCCCGGACACCUCAUUCCGAGCAGGCAUUCGCUUCGAAACUUUCCGCAACCUGCACGGGAUCUAUCCUAGUGCGGUUGACUUUACUCUGCCAACUAAGCGAAACCAUGGAGCUUACGAUGCAAACAUUCCAGAACAGUUCGAUUCUCGCGAAAAGUGGCCAAUGUGCCAUUCGAUUUCGGUAAUCCGUAACCAAGGUUCAUGCGGAUCCUGCUGGGCCGUGGCUGCCGUCAGUGUAAUGUCCGAUCGUCUCUGUAUCCACUCCGAUGGCAAGUUGAACAUAGAAUUAGCAGCUGAGGACUUAAUGGCAUGUUGCAAAGACUGUGGCAACGGAUGCAACGGUGGAUUCUUAGAUGGAACUUCGUUUCAAUAUUGGGUGGAUGCUGGAUUGGUUAGUGGUGCACCGUACAAUACUACCGGUGGAUGCAAACCGUAUCCUUUCAAGCCAUGUGAAUAUCCGUUCACGGAUUGUCACCGGGAGGAAAGUCCCAGAUGUUCGCACCAUUGUGUUGAAGGGUUCGAUGGAAAGUAUCGGAAGAAUAAGUUCUACGGCAGUUUAGCCUACAAGAUUCCGAACGAUGAACGGAUGAUUCGUCUAGAGAUCAUGACCAAUGGUCCAGUGGAAGCGGGAUUUUCCGUUCACGAGGAUCUGUUCCUGUAUAGAACGGGAGUGUACAAGCACGUGAUUGGGAAGCAGGUUGGAAAGCACGCGAUUCGAAUAAUCGGCUGGGGAGAAGAACACGGGUUGCCGUACUGGUUGAUCGCUAACUCGUACGGGGCCGAUUGGGGUGAGAAAGGCUAUUUCAAAUUUUUGCGCGGUUCGAAUCACCUGGGAAUCGAAGAAUCAGUGAUCGCUGGAUUACCUAGAGUAUGAUAAAUACCCACGGUUAUGAAAGUUGUUUAUUUAUUAUUCGCACAGUGCUGUAUUUUCCCAUUGUUAACUUUAAUCUCAAGAAACUAAGAUAGUUUCGUUAGUUUUUGGUUUCAAUUAUAUCCGCCGUUACUUUCAAGCGUGGAGAAUUGUAUUGUGUUUAUUGUAACGAUCUUAAUAAAGUACAUAUUUAGUGCUACAACAA